CGAGCGCGAAUAAAACCGGUGUGCUUUGGCUCGUGAUGCUGCAUUGACCGAGCACAGCUGGGGCACCGGAACACCCAACACUUCACCGACAGACACACACACCCGAGACUCACCUGCACAGAAAUGGAAGACGAUAUCGCCGCCCUCGUUGUUGACAAUGGCUCUGGCAUGUGCAAGGCCGGUUUUGCCGGAGACGAUGCCCCCCGUGCUGUCUUCCCGUCUAUCGUGGGUCGCCCCAGACACCAGGGUGUGAUGGUGGGAAUGGGACAAAAGGACAGCUACGUGGGAGACGAGGCCCAGAGCAAGAGAGGCAUCCUGACCCUGAAGUAUCCCAUCGAGCACGGCAUCGUCACCAACUGGGACGACAUGGAGAAGAUCUGGCAUCACACCUUCUACAACGAGCUCCGUGUUGCCCCUGAGGAGCAUCCAGUCCUGCUGGACCGAGCCUCCACUCAACCCAAGGCCAACAGGGAGAAGAUGACACAGUCAGGCAGAGUCGACAUUGUCCGCAUUCUCCGGCUGGUUCGGGCCUGUUCAGAGAGCCGGAGGAGUGUCAGGCUGCCAAAGCACACGCUGAUUAACAUGCAGCAACACAAAGACCAAAAAAGUGGAAAUAAGCGGAUCCAGCCUGCAGACAGCGGCCGACUGAGACUCACUAUAAGCCCGCAGAGGGGCUCACUGAUGUCUGACAGAGGGGGUAUCGACUGGAGACUUACAGAAAAACGAGAGGUCCACCCAUUUGUGGUGAGAGCAGCUGCCGGCCAGUGGACGAUUCCUGGACGACUGCAGGCCAGACUUUACAGAUACAAGAUAAACUGA